AUGAUGUCAUUUCUAAAUAACGCUAAUAAAAACGAGAACGUUAGAUUGAAUAUAAAAACUGUAUUCUUGAGUUCAAACUAUAGUCUGAGUGACCAAGAUAAGAAGGAUGUAGUCGGUAAAUUUUACAAACUAAACAACCGGUAUAGAUUGAAUGAUAAGAGGGUUAAGGUACUGUUAUUGGAACCGUUUAAUAGAGGUGUUAUAGAUGAGAAUACCAACGUUAUCAAUUUAGUAUCAGAUGACAGCGACGAGGAAGAGGACAACAGCGAUGAUGAUAUCGAUAUAGACAUUUCGCAGGAGUUUAUACAAAAGUCUAUACUCGGUUCACCCUCUUUGAAAUCUAUAAGCGUCGAUUUACACCCAGAAAUAGCUACUUCUGCCCUCUCGACACAUUCCCUACAAAUUCGGACCAGCGAUUUAACACAUCUGCAAUUAUUCAAUGGUGAUUGGGUAAUCGCUCACCUAUCACACUCUCCUCACUCUCCACGGUUAAUUCAGGUCUUUUUAUCCGAGCAGUAUCUCCCUAAAAGCACAACACUGAUAUCUUCACAGUUGUUCUUCAACUUGAAUAAUGGUAGAAACACAUCUGACGCUAAGAUCACUCUGAACUCGUUAAGUAGUUCACCAAUAAUCCCAAUUGCGUCAUCUGCAACUAUCGCUAGAAUUUCCUCCCCCAUUACGAUAGAUAAGACUUAUCAGGAGAGGUUUCACAAGGCAUUGCAGGAUUAUUUCAAUUAUUCAGCAAGAUUGUACAGACGUGGUGAUGUUUUCAGCGUCGAUAUCCCAGUCGAAUCAGUAGAUAAGCCCAGAUUUGAGCAAGACGAGCAGCAGAACCUUCAAAACCAUCCCCUUUUACGUUCUAAGAGGACCGCAAAAGUUUGGUUUAAAGUAACUCAACUGAGUGUUACCGCCACACAGAAGUCACCAAUUGGCAAUGGUGAUCUGGGUGCUUGGAUACUUCCCGGAGACACCGGAAUGCUCACACUAGGCGUUCAACAAUCCUACGUUCCAAGAGACAUUAAUCAGCUAUCCUCUAAAGCCUUCAAAACCAUGAGAGAACUAUUUGAAUCUGCUCUCAAGUCUCACGACAUGGGUCUAGAUGUCCAACUGACUUUGAUGACAAUAGGGCAACGUGGAUCUAGUAAAAGCAAGACUAUAGAAUCAACAGCGCAUGCUCUAGGUCUACAUUAUUUGAAAGUAAAUUGCUAUGAUGUAGCAGAUGAUAACGAAUCUCAAGUAGAAGGAUCUUUACAAGCUAGAUUCGAAAAAGGAGCUGGAUGCACACCUAUUGUCUUACAUUUCGAAGAUGUCGAUGCACUGUUUUCCAAAAAUGAAGAGAGGAAGGGGUCUCGUGUCGCUACCGUAUUCAAGGAAUGUUUGAAGUACUUAAAAGAAAUGUCAAACAAGACGGGUCUACCUGCGAUUGUAACAGCUUCUACGACCGACUCAGAUAUCCUUCCUAGUGCAUUUUCUGGUUGUUUCAAGCAUGAAAUCAGGUUUGAGGCACCUGAUAGAGCAGAUCGCGAAGCCUAUCUUGAGCAUCUGCUAACGGAUAUGCAAGUAGCUAGCGAUGUCUCUACAAAAGAGCUAGCUGAACAUACAGCGUCGCUAUUCCCAGCCGAUAUAGAUAAUGUGGUGUCACGCGCUCAUAUCAACGCAUUGAAGCGCGCCUUGGACAUGUCAAGAGAUUAUGUACUUGAAGAUAUCCUCAGUGCUGGUAUAACAAUAUCAAGUAGAGAUGUAGAGGAUGCUCUGAAAAAAUCGCGUGCAAAUCACUCAACUAAUAUAGGUGCCCCAUCCAUACCAAACGUCAAAUGGGAUGAUAUUGGUGGUUUGAAAGAUGUGAAAGCUGACAUCUUGGAUACUGUACAAUUACCACUCGAACGACCAGAGUUGUUCGCUGGUGGACUCAAGAAAAGAUCAGGUGUUUUAUUAUUCGGUCCUCCAGGUACCGGUAAAACACUGUUAGCCAAAGCAGUAGCAACUGAGUGCUCACUCAAUUUCUUCUCAGUAAAAGGACCAGAAUUGUUGAAUAUGUAUAUUGGUGAAUCUGAAGCAAAUGUAAGAAGGAUAUUCCAAAAAGCAAGAGAUGCGAGACCAUGUGUUAUCUUCUUCGAUGAGCUCGAUUCUGUCGCCCCAAAACGUGGAAAUCAAGGAGAUUCCGGUGGUGUUAUGGAUAGGAUAGUUUCUCAAUUACUAGCAGAAUUGGAUGGAAUGUCAGCUGGAAAUUCUGAUGUAUUCGUUAUAGGAGCCACGAACAGACCUGAUUUAUUAGAUUCCGCUUUGUUACGUCCAGGAAGGUUCGACAGGAUGAUUUAUUUAGAUGUACCUUCAUCACAUUCAUCCCAGGCUGCUAUCCUUGAAGCACUUACACGUAAAUUUAAGCUGGAACCAGGGUUGGAUUUGUUGAAUGACGUUGCUGCUCACCUCCCCUUAAACCUCACUGGUGCAGAUCUAUACGCGUUAUGCUCAGACGCUAUGCUAAAAAGUAUGACAAGAAAGGUUAUGUCGAUAGAGCGGAAGAUAACAUCAAUAAAUGAGUUGGAUGAUAAAGAAUUCAUUAAGCAAUACGGAAGUCAACUGAGAAGGCCACUUAUUCCGCAAUACUACUUAGAAUUUAUGGCAUCAUCUGAUGAGAUCGACGUUGUUGUCUCAAAAGACGACUUCGAUGAAGCUAUGAAUGAUCUUUCACCUAGUGUUUCGCAAGCUGAAAUGGAACAUUACAGACAAGCACAAAGGAAAUUCACGAAUGUCAGUGAGAGCAAAGAAUCAAAAGAGUCAGAAAUACAAAAAGAACUAAAGAAGGACAAAGGAAAGGGCAAAGGCAAAGCCAGAGAAUGAAGAAAAGAAAUGUAUAUC